GGAAAGCAGAACCCGGUGCCCCUAAUAAAGCCCCCAGCCGGACGCUGCCACUACCGGGGUUUGGCAACUUCCGGAAGACCUAUGGCUCAAAGGAGAAUCCUGUUGGGGGCGGCGGGGGCCAGUGGCCGCUAACCAAUCCGACACCCGCCAGCAGGCUGAAGAGAGGGGCUUUCCCAAAAGGAAAACUUUCCCAAACCUGGGGGAUGGGAAGAGAAGACAAAAGGAGCGCCUCUGGCUCCCUCUCCCACUUCCCGGCCGCCCGCCCCAGCCCUCGGCCUCGGCUGCACGACCGGUGUGCAGGAUCUCGGCCGCAGGCCGAGGCGAGAGCCACGUGGGAGGGCCGCGAGCGGACUGCCCCUCUCCCCGCCUUGCUGUACGCCGCUGACGUAGCCUGCGAAGUUUGGGGAGGGAGGAGCUCGGGCGGCCGGAGCUGGUCGCGGCGCGCGCCGGGGAGGGCCGGGGCUGCCAGAGAGGAAGCUCUUUCGCGGCGCUACGGCGUUGGCACCAGUCUCUGGAAAAGAAGUCAGCUCUGGUUCGGAGAAGCAGCGGCUGGCGUGGCCCACCCGGGGAAUGGGCGCCCUCGUGACCUAGCGUUGCGGGACAAAAAGGGUCUUGCCGGCCUCGCUCGUGCAGGAGCGUAUCUGGGCGCCCGAGCGCGGCGGGGUGGCCUUGGGAGCCACCGCAGCAGGGGGCACACCCGGAACCGGCCUGAGCGCCCGGGACCAUGAACGGGGAGGCCAUCUGCAGCGCCCUGCCCACCAUUCCCUACCACAAACUCGCCGACCUGCGCUACCUGAGCCGCGGCGCCUCGGGCACUGUGUCGUCCGCCCGCCACGCAGACUGGCGCGUCCAGGUGGCCGUGAAGCACCUGCACAUCCACACUCCGCUGCUCGACAGUGAAAGAAAUGAUGUCUUAAGAGAAGCUGAAAUUUUACACAAAGCUAGAUUUAGUUACAUUCUUCCAAUUUUGGGAAUUUGCAAUGAGCCUGAAUUUUUGGGAAUAGUUACUGAAUACAUGCCAAAUGGAUCAUUAAAUGAACUCCUACAUAGGAAAGCUGAAUAUCCUGAUGUUGCUUGGCCAUUGAGAUUUCGCAUCCUGCAUGAAAUUGCCCUUGGUGUAAAUUACCUGCACAAUAUGACUCCUCCUUUACUUCAUCAUGACUUGAAGACUCAGAAUAUCUUAUUGGACAAUGAAUUUCAUGUUAAGAUUGCAGAUUUUGGUUUAUCAAAAUGGCGCAUGAUGUCCCUCUCACAAUCACGAAGUAGCAAAUCUGCACCAGAAGGAGGGACAAUUAUCUAUAUGCCACCUGAAAACUAUGAACCUGGACAAAAAUCAAGGGCCAGUAUCAAGCACGAUAUAUAUAGCUAUGCAGUUAUCACAUGGGAAGUGUUAUCCAGAAAGCAGCCUUUUGAAGAUGUCACCAAUCCUUUGCAGAUAAUGUAUAGUGUGUCACAAGGACAUCGGCCUGUUAUUAAUGAAGAAAGUUUGCCAUAUGAUAUACCUCACCGAGCACAUAUGAUCUCUCUAAUAGAAAGUGGAUGGGCACAAAAUCCAGAUGAAAGACCAUCUUUCUUAAAAUGUUUAAUAGAACUUGAACCAGUUUUGAGAACAUUUGAAGAGAUAACUUUUCUUGAAGCUGUUGUUCAGCUAAAGAAAACAAAGUUACAGAGUGUUUCAAGUGCCAUUCACCUAUGUGACAAGAAGAAAAUGGAAUUAUCUCUGAACAUACCUGUAAAUCAUGGUCCACAGGAGGAAUCAUGUGGAUCCUCUCAGCUCCAUGAAAAUAGUGGUUCUCCUGAAACUUCAAGGUCCCUGCCAGCUCCUCAAGACAAUGAUUUUUUAUCUAGAAAAGCUCAAGACUGUUCUUUUAUGAAGCUGCAUCACUGUCCUGGAAAUCACAGUUGGGAUAGCACCAUUUCUGCAUCUCAAAGGGCUGCAUUCUGUGAUCACAAGACCACUCCAUGCUCUUCAGCAAUAAUAAAUCCACUCUCAACUGCAGGAAACUCAGAAUAUCUGCAGCCUGGUAUAGCCCAGCAGUGGAUCCAGAGCAAAAGGGAAGACAUUGUGAACCAAAUGACAGAAGCCUGCCUUAACCAGUCGCUAGAUGCCCUUCUGUCCAGGGACUUGAUCAUGAAAGAGGACUAUGAACUUGUUAGUACCAAGCCUACAAGGACCUCAAAAGUCAGACAAUUACUAGACACUACUGACAUCCAAGGAGAAGAAUUUGCCAAAGUUAUAGUACAAAAGUUGAAAGAUAACAAACAAAUGGGUCUUCAGCCUUACCCGGAAAUACUUGUGGUUUCUAGAUCUCCAUCUUUAAAUUUACUUCAAAAUAAAAGCAUGUAAGUGACUGUUUUUCAAGAAGAAAAGUGUUUUAUAAAAGGAUAUUUAUAUCUCUGCUGCUUUGACUUUUUUUAUAUAAAAUCCGUGAGUAUUAAAGCUUUAUUGAAGGUUCUUCUUUAUUAGUCUCCCUCCAUGACACUGCAGUAUUUUUUUUUAAUUAAUACAAGUAAAAAGUUGUUUGAAUUUUGCUACAUAGUUCAAUUUUUAUGUCUCUUUUGUUAACAGAAACCACUUUUAAAGGAUAGUAGUUAUUAUUCUUGUUCAUAACAGUGCCUUAAGGUAUGAUGUAUUUCUGAUGGAAGCGAUUUUCACAUUCAUGUUCUUCAUGGAUUAUUUGUUACUUGUCUAAGAUGCAAUUUGAUUUUAUGAAGUAUAUACCCUUUACCCACCAGAGACAGUACAGAAUCCCUACCCUAAAAUCCCAGGCUUAAUUGCCCUACAAAGGGUUAUUAAUUUAAAACUCCAUUAUUAGGAUUACAUUUUAAAGUUUUAUUUAUUAAUUCCCUUUAAAAAAGAUAUUUCAAAGGUAAAACAAUAUAAUAUAAAGAAAAAAAUAUAUAUUAAUACCGGCUGUCUGUCCCCAUUUUUAACCUCAGCCUUCCCUACUGUCACCAACAACCAAGCUAAAUAAAGUCAACAGCCUGAUGUGUA